AUGCCUGUAACAACGCGUGUGGCACCCGUUGAGGUGAUGCCGGCUCCAUCGCUCUCAACCUUCAACUCUACCAGCCUUUUUCAACACGUUUGUCCAAGUCUCUGGAAAGAAGGCGAGACGUCCGUCAUUGAUUCUUCAUUUCCGACGGUUAUUUCAGUCCAACCUACUCGUCAUUUUGGUAUUGAGUCAGCCAAUGGCUUCGUUGGUACCGUCAUGGACGCAUACCGCAUGCACAACCAUGUAGUCCUACGCCCCGAGGAUGUGUGGUUCUCCAUCUUGACCCAAUUCAACUUUUACGUCAAUGCGCACGCUGAACAGCUCCGCGAGCAUUUCGUCGAUCACGCAGGCAAGAGAGAGUUGUUCCUCGAGCAAAAUGUCAUGGACUUUCCCGCUUUUCUCAAUGAGAUGACAGACCUACUGCACGAAAAUAUCAAGGACCCAAACCUCCGCGAUUGGAUCAUGCCAGACUUCACUACAACAACUGAGACGGACAAGGUUACUGCGUCGAUCAUUAUGAUGGGCACACUGCAGAAAUACUUUGUGUUUUCCGGGGGCAUCACUUGCGGCAUUCCGUCCGUCACACUGCUUGGCGAAGAAACCGAUUGGCAGAUUAUUCUCGACCGGCUAGACUUCCUGCUGACAUUCGGAGAAGACCACAUGGAGUUGGCGAUGUGGCAGUCAGCACUGAAGGGCAUCGUUGGUCACAUGGUUCACACAUUCAAAGCUCCAGACUCGCCAGAAGUGGUGCGCUUCUGGCAGCGUGCAGUGCAUUCUUUCAGCGACGACUACUUCGGCACUAAGCGAAUCAGUGGAUGGGUGCUCGCUUUGUGCUUUUGGGACACAGACGGGUCACUUCUCUCGGGGAGAAAUUCGGAAUACUACUGGGAAAGCAUGGUCGAUCAGUCGAGCAGUGGAUGGUGGCUUGAAAAAGACGCCUUCCCCAGCCUGGAAUGGAACGAAGUACCAUCAGCACUUGUCUCCGUGCCGAUCCAUUUCGACAACGAAGGCGAUACGUUCGUGGCGAAGGCUGUCGCUGGAUCGGUGGGUUACACAGUGCGGGACAGCGAACAGGUUUUUCUGUCGACAAGACAGCGUGGAAAGAGAAGUUCGGGACUUUCCGGUUCAACACUGUUUGCAAAUCCGUGUGAGACUUCGAUUCAAAAGCAAAGCUUCUUCGUAAUGCUUGCUCGAAAGCUUCUAUGCAUCAAGUCAAGCGCGCAAACUGCUUUCACGAAAGAGAAGAGGAAAACUAUAGACUCGCCGAUUCCUGCUUGCGAGGAGAUCGUGUACGAAGAUCCUUGGCCCCGCACGGUAAGAACGCCCCAGCUUUCGGACCUCAGCGAGCUCAAUGGGCCUUGGGCGUAUGAGCAAGGUGGCAAGAGUGACACACUACAACCAGUCACGGGGUGGUGGGUGAUUCGUACCAGCGAACAGUAUGGAAGGGACCCUGAUGUGCCUGAUGUUCAGUUUGAUCGCUAUGCGGAAGACUAUGACAAGGACUUGGCGAUGAACGGGCGGCCGUUGAGGGAACGGACCGAGCUCUAG